CUCGACAAAAGGGAAAGCUUUGGAGGUUCCUUCAUUCCUGAAUCUGAAGACUGAAAUCAAUUCCAUUUUGGGGGAUUGAACUCCCAGCAAACUUGAACGAGCACCUCCGAAAUGCCCAGCGAGUUUCUCCAAAGCUGAGUUCCUCCAAACCCAAAGAAGCGCAUUGGCAUUUCUUCAUUCCAAGAGUCACAGAUUCCAAUCUAUUCUAUUUUUUUGUUAAUUUCCAGCUGGAACAAUUGGGUGCCUCCGAAAUGCCAAACGGUAUCCACAGUUGAGUCCCUCCAAACCAAAGGAAGAGCUUUGGCACUUCCUUCUUCUAGGAUUUGCAGAUUCCAGUUGUGGCAUCAGCUACAGAUUUUGGAUAGCAACUUCCAGCAAAUUGGGCAUCUCUGAAAUGCCAAACUGUCACCACAGCUGACUCUCUCCCAAAACAAAGAAGAGGCUUGGCAUUGCUUUCUUUUAGGGUUCACCGAUUCCAACUACAGAUUUUUGGGAACGACUUCCAGCAAACGAGAACAGGAAGGUGCCUCUGAAAUGCCAAGCGGCAGCCACCACUGAGUCCUUUCCAACUCAAAGGAUUCAAGAGCUUCCAAUCGUGGCAUUGGCGCAACUUCCAGCAAACGAGCAGACAUCUCCAAGAGGCCAAGCAGUGGCCACCGAGCUUCCCAACAUAAGGAAUAGCCUUGGCUUUGGUUCUUCUUCUAAAGUUGCCAGAGGUGGGCUGAAAGAGCCCACCUCUCCAAAAUCCGGGAAAAUAUUUUGCCCGGGGAUGGCCAACUUUGUGCGGCUGGUGGUGUCGGAGGCAGAGCGGAUGGUGUCGCGGCUCUUCAAGAGUGAAGAAGGUGGCGAGGAAGAGGAGGAAGAGGAAGGCCGGAGGGAGGAAGAAGAGGACGAAGUUCCCCGUGCCUUUUUGACAGCGCCGCGGACAGAGAAGCUGUUAGAACAUGGAGAAGUUGCGGGAUUAAGCUACGGCAUGGGCUCCAUGCAGGGUUGGCGUGCCCAGAUGGAGGAUGCCCACACGCUCCGACCUCAGUUGCCCGAUCCGCUCACCAACUGGGCUUUCUUUGCCGUCUAUGAUGGACACGCGGGAAACACUGUGGCCGAGUUCUGCGCCAAACACUUGCUGGAACACGUCCUGGCCACUGAGGCCUUGCCAAAACAAGGAGAGGAGGAAGACCCCGAGAUGGUGAAGGACGCCAUCCGCGAAGCCUUUUUAGCCAUUGACCGGCGCAUGCAAGGACUCUCACAAGAUGAAGCAUGGGAGCAUGCCGGUUCCACUGCCGUCGCAGUGUUGAUCUCACCCAAACAUUUCUAUUUCAUCAAUUUGGGUGACUCCAGGGCUCUCCUGUGCCGUUCGGCUGCCGUAGCCUUCUACACAGAUGACCACAAGCCCAGCAAACCAAGAGAGAGAGAGCGCAUUGAAAAUGCUGGUGGCACCGUGAUGCUGCAGAGGGUGAAUGGCUCUUUGGCCGUCUCCAGGGCCUUGGGCGACUUUGACUACAAGGCUGUGGCUUGGUGCAGCGCCGUCCAGCAAUUGGUCUCCCCGGAGCCCGAAGUGGAGCAUUUAGACCGCUGUCCGGACGAGGACGAGUUCCUGGUCUUAGCUUGUGAUGGGGUCUGGGACACCUUCGACAACACUGGGCUGUGCGCCUUUGUGCGCUCCCGACUCCGGGUCAUUGGCAAGCCGCAUGAUGUGUGUGAAUGCGUGUUGGAUGCCUGCCUUUACAAGGGAAGCCGCGACAACAUGACUUGCAUUGUGAUCUGUUUCCCAGCUGCCCCGGGCGUCUCCCAGGAGGCUUUGCAACAGGAGCUUGAGUUGGACGCUCACCUGGAGAAGCGGGUGGCAGAGCUUUAUGAUCAACUGCAGCAGCAGGAGGAGGGGGGUCCCAGCCUGGUGGGGGUCUUCCGCUGCCUGGCCGCUGAAGCCAACCCAGGCCUUCCUCCCGGAGGAGGUUUGGCAAGCAAGAGAGCUGUGAUCAUGGAUGCCUAUGAGUGCUUGAAACAGAGCCGCGAAGAGGAGCAACAGCCGCCGGCUCCCAGUGCGAACGCCGACUCGAAUUGAGCCAUCGCGCGCCAGUCGGAGAAGUCAAGGAAAAGCCUCCUAUCUGGGAAAAGGUCCCAGAAGUGGGAAUUUGCCAGGAAAUCGAUCAAGGUGGAAGAUUUGGGGCAACGUUUGGCCCGUCCUCACGUUCCUUCGGAGGUCAAAACUCUGUGUUUAUGCAAUUGCAUUUCCUUCUUUAUUGUCUGCCACCACUGCACCAAAUGUAAACAAAAUCCCCUUGGAAACAUCCCUGAGGAUAAUAAUAAAAAAAUCUUUUUUGUGUCUUAA